AUCUUCUUCUACGUCUUGCUACCCAUCAUCAUGUUUGAUGCGGGGUACAGCUUGGACACCAGAAUGUUUAUCAAGAACAUUGGCAGCUUGAGUUUAUAUGCCUUCGUCGGUACGACAAUCUCCUGUUUCGUGGUGGGCCUUAUGAUGUGGGGUUUCGGUCAGUGGGGCUGGUGCUACCCAAUGCCGCUACUGGCCAACCUGACAUUCGGAGCGCUCAUCAGCGCCACAGACCCGGUUACGGUUCUUGCCGUGUUUCAGCGGCUCAACGCCGAGCCCGAACUGUACAUGAACGUGUUCGGGGAGAGCGUGCUGAAUGACGCGGUGGGUAUGGUGCUGUACAAC